UGAGAUAAUAUUCAGAUGAAAUAGGUUGCUGAUGGAAGUGUAAGCAGUGAUUUUUCAUGGAAAUUAUAUUUGAGAUGCUCAGUAUUUCAUAAGGAAUUAGGAGUUGGAACAAAAUAGCAAUGGAUUUUUUGGAUUUGUCAGCAUUUGUGCGAGGGCAUCGACGAGCAGGAAGUGAUGUACAGUUUAUAGAGAGAACCCGUCUAGAUGCCCUGAAAGCAAUGAAUAAGGAGCUACAGAAGCUGAUUCAGACAGCGCCCCCUGGAUUGCAGGAGAGGGCUCGAGCAGAAUUUGAUGAAUUUGAGAAGCUGUUUGGAAGAUAUCUACAGGAGGCAGGCCAUGCUAUUGUGUGGGACAAAAUUGGACAGGCGUCGCAGGAUGCUAUUAAGAUGUACAGUGAAUUAAAGCCUCCAGAAACGAGCGUCAUGAAAAACCUCCUGAAUCAACUGGUAGUCAUCAAACUGAACGGAGGGCUGGGAACCAGUAUGGGAUGUCAAGGACCUAAAAGCAUCAUCAGUGUCCGAAACGACCUCACAUUUCUGGAUCUUACAGUUCAACAGAUCGAGCACCUGAACAAAACCUAUGGGACUGAUGUCCCUCUGGUUUUGAUGAAUUCCUUCAAUACUGAUGAAGACACUGAAAAAAUCCUCAAAAAGUACAGUCAGGUCAAGGUCAAAAUCUUCACAUUCAACCAGAGCAGGUAUCCACGAAUUAGCCGAGAAUCUCUGUUACCUGUUGCACCCAAUUUUAAUGUAGACAACAUUGAGAGCUGGUACCCUCCAGGUCACGGUGAUGUAUACCAAAGUCUUGCUAAUUCUAACCUCCUGGAUCAGUUUAUAAAAGAUGGCAGGAAGUACCUGUUUAUGUCCAACAUUGACAACCUUGGUGCGACCGUUGAUCUCAAUAUUUUAAAUUUUCUACUGAAUCCAAAGUCAGGGCCAGCACCUGAAUUUGUGAUGGAAGUUACAAACAAAACAAGGGCAGAUGUAAAGGGUGGUACUCUGGUGGAAUACGACGGAAAACUCCGACUUCUAGAAAUAGCUCAAGUCCCCAAGGACCACGUGGAUGAAUUUAAAAGUGUUAGUAAAUUUAAAAUAUUUAACACCAACAAUCUGUGGAUAAGCUUGGAUGCUAUAAAGAGAGUGGUGGAAGAAAACACUCUGCACAUGGAGAUUAUUGUUAAUCCAAAGACUCUUGACAACGGAUUGAAUGUGGUCCAGCUGGAGACGGCUGUAGGUGCUGCCAUUAAGAGUUUUGAAGGUGCUAUUGGUAUCAAUGUCCCUCGACGUCGAUUCUUGCCGGUGAAGACAACUUCGGACCUUUUGAUUGUGAUGAGUAACCUGUACAGUAUGAAGACUGGUGCUCUAGAGAUGAACCCACAAAGGUCAUUCCCCUCCGUACCGCUAGUCAAACUGGGCUCUCACUUCACCAAGGUGAAGGAUUUCCUUUACCGCUUUUCCAGUAUUCCAGACAUGUUGGAACUUGAUCAUCUUACAGUGUCAGGAGAUGUCACCUUCGGCAAGAACGUCACACUCAAGGGGACAGUUAUAAUUAUUGCCAAUCAUGGUGACAGAAUUGACAUUCCUUCAGGGGCAGUGUUGGAGAACAAAAUUGUAUCGGGAAACCUCAGGAUCCUAGACCAUUGAACUUGUGUUGCCAUAGUAACAGCCUGGGUGUUGCUGGUCACUCUCGGGAGUUGUAACAGUUACAUUGUGUGCUUACCUUCCACUGACUAAUCAAUGUUUAACAGAAGAGUCAUCAAAGACAAUUUACUUGUCAUAUCUUUAUUCGAAAAUAUCAUGUGACUGAACACGAACAGUUACCAAUUGUAUUUGAUGUGACACAUAGUUUUUCAAAAAUACUAGGGUGUGAAACCAAGUUUAUAUUGUAGAAGUUUUGUUGAAGAUAAGAAAAUGUUGCUGCACGCUGAUUGUAAGUUAUUAGUUUGUUUGUUUAAAGCAAACAUUUUUUGUUAUUUUCUGGUCAUCGCUAUCCCAGAGCAAUAUCCAAUAUGUGAUUUUGUUUUUAUGAGUGAAUUAGGUUGGAGUUUGUUAUAGGUUUGAUAGAUGGUGUGUUUGUAAGUUGUUAAUUUUGUACUCAAAAUCUUGCAGAAAUGGUUUGUAUCGUUAAGGCGUAAAAUUAGAACUGAUUGCCUGUAAAACAGUGCAGUUGUGAAUCUUGAUUCUGAUGUACAUUUUACCCGUUACCCAUGAUGCACCUGGGACAACAUAAACAUGUUGGAACUCAUGUGUUGAAUGUAAGUUUCAUAGCAAGUGUGAGUUAGUAGUAGAUUUUUUCUCAAACUCAAUUUCUGUUUUAUGUUGAGUUGAAGUCAUUUUUGUGUCACAGUUGAUAUCUAGAUUUAUAAACAAGAAAACAUCGGAAGUUUUUCAUGUACAAAACAUUGGUAAAUGUCAAUAUUUUGAAAUUUUACAAUUUCUCUACAUUAGCAAGUAUAUAUCUUUGUAACUAGGUAUUUAUAUGUGAUGCUUAAAACACCUUAUUAUUAACCAUAAAGGACCCUUACAAUACCGGUACCUUAUUUCUGCAGUAGCAAACGGACACAAUUUCAGAAGAUAACAUAGCUACAUUUGUUUUGAUGUGCUAAUAGGAAUUAGUAGUUUCUGUGGGGGCUUGGGGGCUCAGUCGUCAUUGAUUUUUAUGUUAACUGCAUAUCUAUUGUAACCAUGACAAGUCGUGUUGCAAAGACAUAUUCAUUAAACAUAUCCCAUCUAAGCUGCAGACGUAGCUCUCAGGGGGGGGGGGGGGGGGGGGGGGGAUGUUGGGACAGAUCAGAUCUUUUUUCAAGAGGGCUACAGAGAAGUUCCAUGCACACAGAAUAAAAUACACACCACAGGAAUUUACUCUAGAUGGAAAUGUUUCUGUAGGAAUCCAUGCACGAUAAUGUAGGGAAACUGAUAUUCUCGAGGUUUCUUUCAGAUUUGUGACUUGUAGGGAUUUAUUUCACGUACAGUUCUUUAAAGAGUGACUUAAGUUUCAUCUCCUUCAUUUGGAUUUAUUAAAUGAAAUCCAUUCCCUGUUUAUUGUUUGGAAAAAAUUUCUGUUGUUUAAUAAUGAAGUUUACAUAAUGUUUUUGGACUGUUUACAACAUAAGAAGGGUGUGUUAUGGAGUGCAGUAUUAUCUUACUUUAUUACUAUCAGUUAUCACUAAUGUAUUCUGCUUCUCUGUAACAAUAAAUGUUAGCAGAUAUAAAGCUAACACAAUAUUCUGUUA